AUGCACACUCGACUCUCGUUGAAUAACUGGCAGAGAAGUGUGUUUGGUUGCAGAGGACGUGAGAUUGAUCAGCUCCGGGCUCGACUGCAAGUUCUUUCUGAAUCUCCCUUGUCUGUGGAGAAUCAGGGUGAUCGGAAUACAAAGUUCUUUCACCGCAAAGCCUCUAAUCGUUGGGCCAAGAAUAGGUUGAUUGGGCUUUUUGAUCAUGAGGGUGUAUGGCAAGACUCUGUAGAAGGGAUGGAGGGAGUGGUACUGCACUACUUUUCCAAGAUGUUCUCGGCAGGGAUAGUUGAUUAUAAUCAUAUGCAUGCUUCUGUUGAUUUAAUCCAACCGAGGGUCACUGCAAGUAUGAAUGCAGAUCUUUGUGCUCCGUAUUCGGCUGUGGAGAUUAGGGCUGCUCUUUUUCAGAUGUAUCCUACUAAGGCUCCAGGUCCGGACGGUAUGCCUCCGUUGUUUUUUCAGAAAUAUUGGGAUGUCGUGGGGAGUGAUGUUGUCUCUGCAGUUCAGAGCUUUCUUACUUCUGGUCAGUUAUUGGGUGAGAUUAAUUUCACUCAUAUCUGCUUGAUACCAAAGGUGAAGAAUCCUGAGUCUGUUGCUGACUUACGUCCAAUUGCUCUUUGUAACGUUAUUUACAAGAUUUGUUCAAAGGUUAUAGCGAACAGGUUGAAGAAAAUUUUGGAUGUUAUUAUUUCUCCGUUUCAGAGUGCUUUCAUACGGGGAAGGUUGAUCACAGACAAUACUCUGAUUGCCAAUGAGGUUUCUCAUUAUAUUCAUAACUGUUAUUCCAGUACUGAAGGAGUGUUUUCUUUGAAACUUGAUAUGAGCAAAGCAUAUGACUGGAUGGAAUGGAAGUUCCUAGAAGCUGUUCUAUUGAGAUUAGGGUUUGAUGAAUCCUGGGUAGGGCUUAUUAUGCAGUGUGUUACUACAGUCCGGUAUGCUUUCCUGAUUAAUGGUCAACCUCGGGGAUAUCUCGUUCCUUCUAGGGGUCUUCCUCAGGGGGAUCCUCUAUCUCCGUACUUAUUUCUUUUAUGUACAGAAGUGUUCUCAGCUCUGUUGGAAAGAAAGGCGUCUGUGGGAGCUCUAUCUGGUAUUAAAGUUUGCAAAGGGGCUCCGGCCAUUCAUCACUUAUUGUUUGCAGACGAUAGUCUGCUUUUUGGUAAAGCAAGCUCUGCUGAGUGUUAUCAUAUAAAGGAGGUGUUGUUGGAUUAUGAAUUGGCGUCGGGUCAACAGAUUAAUUUCACUAAGAGCAGUAUUGUUUUCAGUAAGAAAGUGUCUGAGGAUGAUAAAGUGGCCCUUGCAGCUUUGUUGGGUGUAAUGAUAGAAGGAAAGCAUGAUAAGUACCUAGGGCUGCCUACAUAUUUGGGUAGACAUAAGACGGAGUCUUUUGCCUAUAUCAAAGAGAAACUGAGCAAGAAACUUGCUGGUUGGCAAGAUUUUGGUGGGGUAGUAAGGAUGCUAACCGGAAAAUCCAUUGGUUGUCUUGGGAGAAGCUCUGUUUGUCCAAAGAUGAAGGUGGAAUGGGCCCCGAGUUCCCGAUCUCCUUCUGCUUGUUGGCGUGGGAUUUUUGGUGCUAUGGAGGUUAUCAAGAAGGGUAUACGGUGGCAGAUAGGGGAUGGAUCUUCAGUUCGCAUCUGGGAGGAUCCCUGGAUCCCUCGGCCUCACCUUUUCAGGCCCUUACGUUUCCAUGAUGUACCUUACUCUCAAGUUAGCGAGUUGAUGCAGAAUGGGGAGUGGGAUAAAGAAUUGGUGCAGACUAUUUUUAGUCCUGACGACGCUUUGAUCAUUCUCUCAUUGCCUUUAAGUAGUAACAGGGUGGCUGAUCGAGUUAUCUGGCAUUAUGAUCCUAAAGGUCGAUUUACAACUAAAAGUGCAUAUCAUCUAGCCUUUAGUUCACUACAUUCUGCUUUGGUGGAGGCCUCUGGUUCAUCUGAGCCCUCUAAUUUUUGGAAGUGUGUUUGGGCUGCAAAGGUACCUGGAAAGGUCAAAGUGCAUGCAUGGAAGGUCUGUCAGCCCAUUUUACCCACUUUAUCUCAGCUUCUUGGUAGGAGGGUACCUUUGGUGGGCGGUUGUUAUUUUUGUAAUGAGGAAGAUGAGUGUAUUGCACAUAUUAUGGUGGACUGUCCUUUUAUACGGGAUUUGAUCACAAUGGUGCCCUCGCUGCAAGGAGUGCUAUCGGUUAUGCCCUUUGAUUCCCUACUGCUUUGGCUGCAGGCAUGCAAUUCUUCCCUUACUCGUGAGAAUUUUUCUCUUCUAUUGAUUCUCCUUUGGUCAGUGUGGAAAGAGCGGAACAAGAGAGUAUGGAGCAACAAGUUUCACUCCCUUUCUCAGGUUUAUUUUCAGGCUAUGAGUCUAUUUCAGUCUGUCAAAAUGGUUCUCUCUGUUAAAGCUCAGAGGGGAGGACGUCGUUCUCGACCGUGGAGUCCACCACCAGCAGGUUGGCUUAAGGUUAAUAUGGAUGGGGCUUUCGAUGUAGUAGCUCACAGAGGUGGUAUAGGGGUGGUAGUCUGUGAUGUUGAUGGCCGGAUUGUUGCUAGGGCUUGUGCCAGGGUAAGUGUAGCUCUUUCCCCUGCUUUGGUCGAAGCUUUUGCUGGGCAUCUUGCCUGUCGUUUGGUGGAGCAGUUUAGUUUAGCUCCGGUUGUGUUUGAAACUGAUUGCCUUCAGUUAGUUAAUGCUAUUCAAGCUGAUGGGGAAGACAUUUCGGAGUUUGGUAGGGUGGUAGACGAUAUUUCUCAUGCUCUCUCUAUUCUCCAGAAUUGCCAAUUUUCUCAUGUAGGUAGGGAAGCUAAUGUUUUAGCUCAUAAGUUGGCCAAGUGUGCUCUAGGCACAGGGUUGAUUCUUUCGUGGUGUGGUUCUGUUCCCACAAUACUGGAGGAACUCCUCUGUACCUAA